UGCCACAUGGUUGCUACCCUCUUAGCCAUUUUCUCACAAUUUUCAUCAGAAAUGGCUGCCAACACCGAAAGAUCUUUCAUCAUGGUUAAACCUGAUGGUGUACAAAGAGGGUUAACUGGCGAAAUCAUCAAAAGAUUUAACAAUAGAGGCUAUAAACUGGUUGCAUGUAAAUUAGUUCAGCCAUCCAAAGAAUUUAUGCAGAAGCACUAUGCUGAUUUAUCAAGCAAACCUUUCUUCAAUGGGUUGGUAGAAUAUAUGUCCACUUCUGGACCAGUGUGUGCUUGUGUAUUUGAAGGCAAAGAUGUUGUGAAAACUGGACGUAAAAUGUUGGGUGAAACAAAUCCUUUAGCCUCUGCCCCAGGAACAAUUCGUGGAGAUUAUUGUGUUGAUCUUGGAAGAAAUAUAUGUCACGGUAGUGAUGCUGUAGAAAGUGCCAAGAGAGAAAUAGAUCUGUGGUUCAAACCUGAGGAGGUCAUCACUUAUUCCCUUAUAGAUGCACCCAUGGUAUACGAAUGACUUUCCAAAUUCUAAAGACAGUAAUCUCUCCUGUUUGACAGCAAUUUAUGUUUAUGUCCUUUGUUUUGAUUGUAUACAUGCAGGACUGUGAUAUACAUUCUACCCAGCUCCCAUUAUAGUGCUAAUUUAACAUCUUUAAUGUCAGUAAAACUAUAUAAAACAUCA